AUGGCUGCCAAUCUAACGGCUACCUCACCCGGUAUCCCUCCAGAAUUCCUCGAGACCCAUGCGGAACCCUUAGGCACCUGGGAACAUUAUUGUAAUGGGCCCUAUCCCUAUCCUGAGUUCUAUUCGAACGGCGUUGGCGAAAGCCAACCGCAAUUCGCCAAUUUCUCGCCCCCCACGGCCUACGAGACGGCAGAGUUCAACGCCAGCUACCCCCAACAUGCUGGGAUCGCAGGGGUGGGUGAGAGACACGAAGACGUCGAGGGUAAGGGAACCGGGGGUCAGAUUCCCAUCACGACCGCGCCAGGCUGCGGUUAUACAUUCGAAGAAGCUGAGAUGCCUUCGUAUGAACAUAUCCGUGCCUCGUCGGAAGAUGGGAAGUUUCAUUGCCUACAUGAUGAUCGUCAUGAUCACCCCGUUGCCUACGAGAAAAGGUACCAACUCCGGAAACAUAUGCGGGUGCAUGUUCGGCCUGUGAAGUGUUCUUGGUGCGAAGAGACGGGCGCAAAUCAAGCGGAUAUUCGGCGUCAUGCGGAACUGUACCACAAGGAACGGGCCCUGGAACGGUGGAUAUUGAUCGGUCCCUUCCCCUGUGACCUCUGUGGCACCGAGUUCACACGCAAGGACAAUUUACAGAAGCAUGUCAGAAUCCAGCAUGGACUACCUGGGAGGGCACCGGCUGCUCGUUAG